GGGCUAUCAACGCUUUGUCCCGUGAGGGGUGCGGGCACUUUGAGGUCUUCGACCAGUCGGACGAAGGCUUCGAGCAUGAAAUCUUCCAGGUCGAAGACCUGGUGCUGAAGCGAUCGCGGGGGCGCUCUUCGACAGGAUGUGGGACCCUCACGGCCGGGAGACGGUCCGGGAGAGGUCCGACCGGGCGAUGGAUCAAAUGGCGCAUGACGAAGAGGUUGAGGACCUUGGUGAUCUGGACAGCACGCUGCCCGACAGCGUGCUGCCCGAGGCAUCGGAGGUGGAGCUGGCGCCGCCAUCCGAUGCGGGCGAGGGCCCCUCGGUGACCCCCACGCCGACUGGAGCUGGCGAAGACCCCGCGCCAGCCCCUGCACUGACGGGUGAGGACGCCUCAAAGGUGGUGGGCGAACCAGCUACAGAACACCCAGCGGCGGCGGCCGGGCCUUCGCAGGUGGCGGGAUAGGGGUUAGGGAUUUAAGUGUAAACUUUUGUUUCUGUGAUACUGAACCUCGGUUGCUGCGCAAGUGCCGACGUUUGGGCCUGCGCAAGCAACCGCUGCUGACAAUACUGAUUUUGUGGCGGCCUCAACCGUAGUGCCUGUUGAU